AUGUUACUCAUUCUUCCACUUCUCGCUUUCUUCCUAGCUAACGUGGCCAGUGAAGUCUCCAAACCUCUGCCCAAAGGCGCACUGGAAGCAUUUAAGAAGGCCAACAUACGCUACACGGCUAAGGAUAAAACCAGUUACUACAGGGACAGAAUGAAGACAGCAUGGAGGGAUGAUCUAUCCGCAAGGGCACUGAAAUGGCUUCAAUCUCCGGAGAAAGUGAAGGGUGGCGCGGUUAUCAAUGGCCAAAAGUCUUUCCCGGAGGCAGAACCCAAACAGUUGAAGAAAAAAGUUUUCGCAUUGGUCUCGGAUCUAUUGGAAAAAUACGGACAGGAGAAACACGUCAAGCCACCCAUUCUCUACGGAUGCAAUGGUAACAUCACAAAAGGAGAGGACAACAGCGUUCUGUCCGUCGCUUGCCUCUACAUCUAUCAGUAA